AUGACGCAAAUGAAGGCUGUCCGACUUGUUCCUGCGGCCAAUGACAAAGCCACCGCCGAAGUCCACGACGAGCCUCUACCGAGUCCCGGCCCCCGUGAAGUCCUGAUCAAAGUCCACGCCGUCUCGCUAAACUACCGCGACACGGCCCUCUUGAGAGGCGAGUAUCGCGCCAAGCACAAAAAGGACGUCAUCCCCGUGUCCGAUGGCGCUGGUGAGGUCGUUGCAGUUGGUAGCGAGGUGACACGAGUCCGCAAGGGCGACCGCGUCGCAGUCAGUUGCAGCGCAGACUGGAUCGGCGGCCCAUUUAUCCCAGAUUACCUGUCUAGCAGCGUCGGCUUCCAGAUCGACGGGAUGCUGGCUGAGCAUGUGGUGUUCCGUGAGGACGCACUCGUGCUUCUCCCGGAGUAUAUCUCAUACAUCGAGGCUGCGUCGCUCCCUUGUGCGGCGGUGACGGCCUGGACGGCUCUGAAUAAAAUCGAGCCCCUGCAACCGGGUCAGACGGUGUUGGUCCAGGGUACCGGUGGCGUCUCGCUUUUUGCGUUGCAGUUUGCGAAACUCUUUGGCGCGCGUGUUCUCGCCAUCACCUCGUCGGAUGAAAAGGCCGCGAAGCUCAAGGAGCUGGGGGCCGAGGCCGUGGUCAAUUAUUCUACUUCCCCCGACUGGGAUCGCGAGAUCCUUGCCUUGACCAAUGGAAAGGGCGUUGACAAGGUGCUGGAUAUCGCGGGGGACAAGACGAUCGUCAAGUCUGCGGCCUCGGCCAAGGUUACUGGCGUGGUUGUGGUGAUUGGGUUUGCGAGCGGGUUUGGUGGCGGGCUUCCGCCUAUAGAUAUCCUUGCGAGAAGCCUCACGGUCACUGGAUCGACUGUUGGGUCACGAUUGGACUUUGAGGCAAUGCUUGUAGCAAUGGGGAGGCACAAGGUACGGCCUGUCAUCGAUCGGGUCUAUCAUUUUGCGGAAUAUCGUGAGGCGUAUCGGAGGCUUGAGAGUGGACAACAGGUUGGCAAGGUUGUUAUUCAACUCGUGGAUUCGGAGGCCAAGUAG